GCCUGUCUCCCACGGACAGUGAUGGAUCGGAGGUCGUUGGGACUCACUAGAGAUUGCUCACGUUGUCCGGGAGUUUCUUGUUUCACCUGCUGGACAUCUGAUACCCCUUCUUCUCAGCUCACGCCGCUGGCCAGCCUUUGGUACAUUGACUCCCUCCCUCCAGGCGGAAUGGAAGCCAAAGGGAGAGGGUCUUUUUCCCUGGGCUAGGGCAAAGUGAUGCUUUUCCAGUAGAUCCAGGCUUGCUUUCAUACCAUUUGGUUUCCUGCUCUGCUCGCUGGAAAGGCUUGUGAGGCCCAGUAGCCAAAGCCACCGGGUUCUGAGCAAGCAGCUGCAACGUGUCACUAAAAUCCAGCCGUCCCCACACCCAGCACAUUGGCCUGCGUGCGGCCACGGGCUCAUGUUUCACAAUUCCUGGUGCAAUGUGUUUGUGGCCAGUGGUCUUUGGAGCUUUCUGUUAACAUACAAGGGGGGGGGGGGGUCAAGUUGGUGCUGGGAGUCCAGGCCUUGAUUGGAGAUGGGGGACCAGAAGCCACAGAGCUACAGAGAUUGAGUCAUCUCUAAAAAGGCAGCCGCGUGGCAAUCGGGAAGAUGGUGGGAGGCCAUCAGCUGCAGUAACGUUACACCAGGAAGGGAAAGAGGAGCAGAGGAAAGAGCAGGAGAGUGUGGUGCAGUGGGUAGGGCAAGGCACUGGGAGAUGAGACCCAUGGGAAUAUUCCCACUGUGCCGUUUAGGUAAGACACCUGAUGAAUCUGCCCCUCAGUUUCCCCACCCACCCUGUGCCAGCCGCAAACCCUGACUCCAGCAUCCUCCUCUCCCUUCCCCUGCCUCGGGGUGCGAUGGGUAUUUCUCAAAAGGUUCAGUCUUUGCAUCCAGUUUGGUUAAGCACCAAAUAUUCAGGUGCUACCCAGCAUAAUCUGAAACCCCUAGGUCUCCUGUGACCCCUCUUACGGAGGCUGUCCAUAAAUGACAUAACAAAUUUUUUGGUGAUUUUUAAGACCCACACACCUCUUGUAACACCAAAACACACAAAAUUAAGGAACCAAGGACCCAUCCACACCCUAAUGCGUUAUGUCAUUUAUGGACAGCCCUACUGGGUUCUGCCCCAGACCAAGCCCCAUAGAUAUGGAAACAACUCACCUACCAGUGCCCCCUUGUGGCUGGGUGUGGGUUUGCUGGGCCUUUCCCUUGGUCAUCAGCUGCUGCCAGGACAUGUGAAAGUUGAGUCUGCUUCUGGGGCUGCCAAGUCCAGCUGUAAGUGGUCAGGCCCCCAAGCUGUCUUCUCUCAGCUGCCCUCUUCAAAGUCUUUAAGAUGUUCUGAGCAACCAUGACCCCCCUGGAAGCCAGUGGCUGUUGCAGAUGCUCACUGCCUGCCUCCUGAGAUCAGGCCCGUAGGCAGGAUCACAUCAGUGACAUAGGCUUAUAUUGUUUGGAUUCCCCGCCUGAGACACCACGAAAGGGCCUAAUUUCCAGAAGUGGGUGCUCUGUCUUUUCUGCAAAUCUAGGCCUCUUCAAGGUGUCUCAUGAGGGGCACUGAAAAUCACUAGCCACUUUUGAAAAUGUAGGUCAGUGAAUUGCCAUCCCAAACCCAAGCGUUCAAAACAUGAGUCAGGCCCCUCCCCCAAAGUCAUGAGAUUGGCUUAAAAACCAGGGGAUUUUCAAAACAGUAUAUUUGGGGCUCUUUUUAUUUGCCUUUGGUUCUUGAGCCAUCAGAUGUCACAUCUUGAAGUUUUUCUCUGCAACCACCGGGGCUAGAAACUUGCUUCUUUUUGUAAAGGAAAGCCAAUAGUCUCAUGUAAUCACCUGAGUCCAGGAGCUGGGGCUUUAAGAAAAGCCCCCUAAAAUCAGGAGACUCACCAUAAACCCAUGAGAACUGGUAACAGUGUCCCAUAGCCGGUAGCUUUUCACUGCAGUUGGACAGCGGCACAGGUUGGCUGGCCUGGAGUUGGGCUCAGCUUUGCCGAUGACACAGUAACUAUUCCCCAGCUGAUCCUGCUUGGAUAGAUUAAUUGCAGGAAUUGGAUGCACCUGGGAAAGAGUCAGGACUGGGACACGGGGGCAGUUUAAGAAGGAUGAGAGCUCAAGCCUGAGGAAGGCAGAAAUAGUUUGUAUUUUCAUGUGGGAUUUGCUGGGGUGGGGAGUCCUGUGAGCCGCAGCCCCAAAGGAAGGGUGAACCUUGAGAGACUGUAGUGUGAAUACAGGUACUCAGUGGGCCUAAGAAGAGGUUGUGAGAAAGGCAGGCUGAGGUAGGAAGAAGCUAUGUGGGGGUCCUGACUAGACAGACCUUGCCUGCUUGUUACUGGGUCCCUGGCCUGGAACCCAGAGGAAAGGGAUGGCCUGGGUUCUACUGAGGAAGGUAGUGGAAAGACCUUGGAGACUAAUGGAGUAAUGAUCUUGGAUCAAAGACUUGGUGUGAGGCUGUUGGACUUUGUUACCCCACAAGCAGUGGGAUUAGAUGUGAGCUGGCUGGAGGGCUGAGUCGUGAGAAGAGGGGGCGACUGGAGGGGCUAUCGGGAUGAGGUGCGAGAGAAGACCCUGCCAUGCCAUUCCCAGUCAUAGCCGGUCAGAGCUCUUACACUUGUGAGGAGCUGCCUAUGGUUCAAGAGGCCAAUCUACCAGCACUGGUGCUGUCAUGGACUAGAUGGGUGCCUGAGGUGGUGAGCCAUGCUGGGCAGGAGAACAAGACACCCCCAAGAAAUAACCAGCAAGCACCGGAUGAACCUAUCCCACCAGGAUGCUGUGCCCCAAAGGAUCAACCCAUCCAAAGAGUGUGACAUCAGCCUGGAGGUGUUUAGCAAAUCCACACCUGAACUCAAACAGAGCCGCAAGUUGGCACAGCAAGCACGGGACAGGAGAGCCCGCAAAGCUGACCUCAAAGACUCCAACGGGAGGGAGGCAGAAACAAUUACCUUUAUUUCUGGCACAGCAGAGGCUCCCCAGACCCAGAGCUUGUGCUGUCUUUCUUUGUCUCAGGCCUGGAACGCCUCCAAGGCUGUUCUCUGCUGUAUAGUGGCCUGUGGGGGCUGCUUUAAGAAUUGCAGCAUUCACAUCCCCUGCAUGGGUCACACGGAGACUUCAACUGAUGAUGGAAGAAACAGAGAGCAAAAUGGACGUGUGCCUAGCAACAGCCCUGCCAACAUCUCCCCUGUUGAAAAGAAUGGGAACCAGAUCAAAAAGAACACCAUGGGGAGCAGCUUCAGCUACCCAGAUGUGAAACUGAAGGGGAUCCCUGUCUAUCCGAACCGGAGCCCUGGCAACCAUACAGAUGCAGAUUCGUGCUACAAAGAGCCCCUGCCAGAGAAGACCUUCAGAAACAGCAUAGAAAAGCCACCACUCCCCAGCAGCCACCGGAGCUCGGAGGAGUAUUACUCCUUCCAUGAGUCUGAUCUGGAUCUCAGUGAGUUGAGCAGCUCUAUGUCCAGCAAAGAGAUUGAUGUCUUGAUCUUCAAGAAACUGACAGAGCUCUUCAGCGUCCACCAGAUUGAUGAGCUGGCCAAGUGCACAUCAGACACAGUCUUCCUGGAGAAGACCAACAAGAUCUCAGACCUGAUUAAUAGCAUCACUCAGGACUACAACCUGGAUGAGCAGGAUGCUGAGUGCAGGCUAGUCCGAGGCAUUAUACGCAUCAGCACCCGGAAGAGCAGGGUCCGGCCCCCCAUUUCCAUUCCUGCCACCAAGAGCCACGAGGAGAAGAUGAGCAGAGGAAACCCACCGGACAGCGGCAAUGAAACCAUGCUGGAAUCCCUAAUCCCCAGCCAAGACGAUUUGGCUGUGCAGAUAUCGGAGGAAACCACAGCAGAUGUGAUAGCCAGGAACAUGAGGCGGUUCAGCGCUGCAGGGUCUCCAAUGAGCAGAGCUUCCUCCUACCAGGACACAGAGACUGAUUCGUCUGGAGCACCGCUGCUUCAGGUUUACUGUUAGAAUAAUGGACCGAGGCAGGACUCUGUGGCGGGAGAGGUCGCUGGGCCUUACAGCAAACAGAGUUCCUCAUCUCUUUUCAUAUAGAACAUGCUAUGCCACUUUAUUUUCUUCAGUUCUCUUUUCCCUUGUUAAAGUUCAACUUGCCCCUCAGUCUGUGGGGUGUAUUGGAUUAUUUUUCUGUGUGUGGGGGAUCAUAACAGAACCUUGAGGAAAUGGACCAUGAAUCUAGUGAACUUAUUCAGACAGUGGGAUGUGAGUUCUGGGAACAGAAGAUGGACAAGGGGAUACUGACAAAGGGAACAUGUUCUGCCUUUGUGGGAACUUGCGGUACUACUUCCACUCUUGGAGUGCAGUUUUAGUACCCAACCAGACAUCCAGCUGUUGCCCAGCUCCAAGAGUCAGCUGUACAGUUUUUGCCCUUCUGGUACUGUAGAUGUUAAUGUAUGUUGUGUAGCUUUGUUGAUGAUAGGAAUGUCUUUACAUUUGCAGCAAUUCUGUUGAGGUGAACUCCAAGGCUGUAAGAACACCCGUUUAAGAUCCCAGAUGUCUACUUACCGUUGCUGGCCUUGAUUGUCCCAGAGGCUGAGUCCUCUAGGCACAGUAGCCAGACAAGCUUUCUUGACAAAGUGCCUUACACCUGUCCUGGAGGGACCACCUCAGAAAAGAGAGGGUAGUUCAGCCUUCAGGGUUCAUUUAAUCCUUGGCCUCUUUGUAGUGGGUGCCAACAAAGCAACCAAGCCAAUUAAUGCUAACUACAAUGUGGACAACUUGUUGACGAGACUAACUGGACUGCGACCCAACUCUUGUCUCUCAGGUUAUCGUGCAACCAUUGAAUAACAACUUUAAAUCACUGCCAGUCUGGUGAGAACCACUGACAUGAGGUAUUAAAUAGACAAAGGUGUUGAUUUAUAACUCAUUUGCCAAUCAGCUUUUCCCUCACUCACCUGCCAAGGCUUACAUAGCCCUUGGUGAUCACAUGAACUGCUGGAGAAAGCCCUGACCUUGGGUCUUAGCAGGUAAGUGAAAGAUCAGACUUUUUUUAAAAUUACAAAUCAGUCCUCCCUGUAACUCUGCCUGUGUGUUUGGGAUCUUAAAUGCUCCUUAGAAAUGCUCCCUGGAAAACUUUGCUGUUGCCUUUAAAGGGAGGGAGAAGGGCUUUGUGGGGGAACUCUCCAUGUAGUAUAUGUAGGGAACUGAUUAUUGCUGUGUAAAUGUGACUCUCACCCCCCUUCGCACAGGGGUGUUCAGUGUACUCAGCCUCUUUCCUAGGAGCUGUGGCCACCCUAAAGGCAGCAAACUGGGUGACCUUGAGGGCUGCAGCUUUGCAGAAGCCUGAGGGCUGCACCUCAUUGGCAUCUCCACUGGCUCGUUUAUCAGAAAGUAAACACACCCAGCCGUGAGAUUUGUUUAUACACCUCGGUGCCUUAGCAGGGGAAAAGGAAAUGCUCGUUGGUGGAAUUAACCAGCAGUGAAACCGGUGUCCAGUGUUGCUAGAGACAGACAGUGGCAAAGGUGGGCUCUUGCCCUGGUGUAUGCCGCACUUCUGUGCUUAAGCAAAGGAAAGGUGUCUUGAGCUUGUAGGUUGGGACUCUAGAGCCUGUGUUUGCCUCCUGUGCUUUUCAAAGAUUUGGAGCUUUUGGUUCCUCACUUCACUAAGUAGGGCUUAUAUAGCUGCCAGUUGUGGACAGAACCCCUUUGAAACAUACCAUUCACCUGAGCCACAUUUAAGUCCCACUCAGACCUACUUGCUGUUCUUGUAAAUUACUUGCUUUUAAAAAAUACAGAUUCAAUCAUAUCACUUGAAACAUCAGAAACACUAGCUCAUGAAUCAGUUUUGACUCGGCAAUGAUAUUUAGGCUAAAUAACUGAUCCCACAUCACUUCAAAGCUUCUUCCACAUUUGCCUGUGUUUUCUUGUGGCGCUGUGUUCCACGUUUGGGCCUUUGGCGGGCUCAGAGGGAUGGUCUGGCAAUGCGGGGGCCACUGAAGUUUUGGUGAGUUCGAUUGUAUUUCCUUAGGCUUUGUUUUUAAAGCAAUGAAAUGUAAAUUUGAAAAGGCCCUCCCGCUUGUUCAUGUGAGGACCUGACUCCUGGCAAACAGAGACUGACUGUAAAUACGUAAUAUUUUACAUACUACAUUUGAUGGGCCUUGCUGACUCUUGGCUUCUGAACUAGUUUGUAAAUAUGUAUUUGGAUAAGUUUGCUUUUUUUAAAUGCACAUUUACGUGACAACGUAGCCUGGCGCCUACUGCUGGAACAAACUGGUUCCAUAUAGCACCUAUGACGAGGCAGUUUCAGGAAGAGCUGCCAAUGGCUGUUGCCCAGAUGCAACAGCAGACUUUUACAACUGUUUAUACAGCCACUAUGCCAAUGGUGCCUGACAAUGUAUGCGUCUUAAAACUCCGAGUGAAAAAACCAGUGGGUGUUGGAGGUGUAAAACAAUCCCUGAAACUGGCAAACCUGUUGUAUGUUAUGUCGGACUCCGUCUUUCUGUUUUUUGUUUUUUUAAUUGCUCCCUAUUUAAUUAUGCUUUAAAUUUCAGCCUGAAGCAGAUUUUAAGCACAUCCUUUGCUGAAGGGUCUGGGAGAGAAGGGCGUGUGUAGUGCCCUGCAGCUGGCAGACAGCAGUGCUCCAGCUAGAAGUUUCUCUUGUGGUUGACCAUUGUGUUAAUGACAGGUUUCAGAGUAACAGCCAUGUUAGUCUGUAUUCGCAAAAAGAAAAGGAGUACUUGUGGCACCUUAGAGACUAACCAAUUGUGUUAAGUCUGUAUAUCUUUUUUCCCCAGUUGAUUUAAUGCAGCCUGGUGUCUGGGGAGCAAUGAGGGUCUGUGUAAAUAAAGUAGUCUCUUGGGAGCUGUCUGUGUGCAGGGAAAUGUGUGGGGGGGAGUUAAUAAAGGGGAGACACUGUCAAUGACAAUUCUACAGAACUGAGGCCAAUCUUCUCUACAGUGUCUCUCUUCUCCCCCCCACCCCCAAAUCUUGUACUCAUUUAAUCCAUCUGGAGGAGCCACACCCUCAUGAAGCGGGGUGGGGGUGGGGGUGUCAGAGCUUUUUGUUCUCCUGACCCUCUGACUUGAAGGACCAGUUUUGCCUUUUUAAAGUCAGUUACUCAUCUAGCAGCUAGUUUGCAAAGUCCUGCUCCUGCACCUGCUGUCGCGCUCCUUUUUUGGGGUGGGGAGGGGAUGGGAGGGAGAUGGUCAGUCAAAGGAACUCCCAUGUCUCUCUAGCCUUGUCAUUAGACGAGGGAGUGUGGCUGCUUGUAGGGUAACUACCUUGUCAUACACUUUUUCAAAGGUAUGGGGGUGUGGUAAGAAUUGGUGCCAGACCCUUCUUUCUCCUCUUUGCAAGACACUUCCUAGUGACAGUGGGGCUCCAUUGAGACCCGAUUGUUGGAUUGGAAGGUGGUUGGUUUGGGGAGAGGGAGGGAUUUAAAUCCCCCUUGUUAGGUCAGGGGUUGCUAGGAGCCUUUCAGUCUGAUCUGAAAUCUGGAGCUUUCGACAUCUAAGUUGCCAUUUGAAUGGUGCUGCAGGCAGUAAUGAUUGAAAACUCCCCACUGUUGCGUGGCUGGUGUGAAACAAGGUGUCAAGCCAGUGAUUCCCAGCACAACCCCCUGUUCCAUUUGGGAGCUACGGCUCUCUGUCUAGAGAGGCAAAAGAUUGAGACCAAACUCCCCACUUGCUUCUGCAGAUAGACCCUCCAUGUGGAGGUCCAGGGAAAGACGUUUGGACUGCAUUUACCCGUUGGGCUAAGUAGAGGACAUCAGACUGUAGACCUGUCAAGCUGCCAUCUUCCACCGGCACUAAAUAUCCAGUCAGACCCCUGCAGGGAGACAGCCUUCCUUUUUAAUGUUCUUUAUUUUCAUUUAAAAAAUAUGAAGGGAGGAAAAAAUCCUUGCUCUAGGCUGGCAGUGGGUCUUGGCUGGAAGGGCUCUGCCAGGGAAGAACCUUUGCUUGUGAACAGAGCUGGUUUAUUGAUGAACCAGGGCAACAGGUAUAUAGAACUAAUACGGCCAGCUCCUCUUAAGUGGCAGUAACUUAAGCUGCCUUUCAGCCAGCUUUCUGAAUAGCUGCCUCAUCCGGGUCCUGCAACUGGGCUCUGGCCACAGAAUGUCUUCUCCACCAUCCCAGUCUGUUUCGAAGCAGCUUUGGAAGAGGGCCCGACAGCUUGCAGCCAGCUAAUCACAGGGCAGCCCCCUCACAAAAAGCCACUCUAGGAUGCGCCACUUACUCUUUUCCAGCUGCUUUAUGGGACCCAAGUAGGUUUCCCUUCUGUUUGGCCAGCUUCCUGUUUGGGGUUAGCUUAUUUUGAAUUAGUGGUGGGGAACGGCUGAUUACCACAGAAUUGCUCUGUUGUUUUGUACUAGUGAUCAAGCAUAUUUUUGACGCACCAGGCCAUCCUAAAAACUGUGACUCAAGUUAUUACUUAUUUGUACUGCAGCCGUGACUAGAGGCCUCACCCACAAUUGGGAGCCCAUCAAGUUACCCACUUUGUACCCACAUCGUGAGACAUGUCCCGGCCCCCAAAGAGCCAUGUAAUCAUACCAAGCUGGCCCUUGGUUCCAAACCCUCAUUAAUUGCUGUUCUCAGAAUAUUUCUAGGGAGUAACUAGGAUGUCUUCUGCCACCUUAGACUGUUUAAAAUAAAGAUCUGACAAUGCAUCCAUCUCACUUCUUGGUUCCUUGUAGAAUAGCAGUGAAAGUGCUUUAAAUUCUCACUCCCGAGCCUGGGUGUCACUUUGUUUUUUGACUGCUGUGUUCUCCCCAUUCAUGCCUGGGUGUUGAAUGAAUUUGCAACAUCUUUUUGCUACUGGAAGAGUUGUCAUGUUUGUCAGUCCAGCAGUUUCUUAGGCUGUGCCUACGCUACACAGCUUUUAGCAUAGCUGCUGUUUGUCGCCUUUUCUGCUGACAAAAAACUUUCACCCCCAACGAACGGCAUUUGCCGGCAGCUCUCCUGCUGACAACACGCAGUUCACGCUGACGCUUGUCGAGGAAAAACUUUUGUCUUUUAGGGUUGUUGUGUUUUUUUUAACACCUCUAAAAGACAAAAGUUUUGUCAUUCAGUUGUCAGUGUAGACCUAACCUUAGUUGCUGUAUCUGGAUCCACUCUGAGUUUCAGUAUUGGGCGUGGUACUGAAUGGGGCAAGUGAUCUUUUGGGAAGAAUAUGGUGACUAGGGAACUCGUGCCAUAACACUAAAAGAGACCAAGAGCUGAGCAACACAGGAGGACAGGGAUUUUUAGGCAGACUGGUUUUAACAUACAUUUACCUCCAAUGUCUAAAUGAACACCUGUGAGAGAGGAUUUCCCCCCUCCCACCGCUCAGUUGAGAGCUCACAAAACCUUCAACUUAUGGGUGUUUCCUUAAAAGAGAGUCUGAUUCAUGAUGAAUCUAAGUGUCAGUGCUAUCUCAUUGUCUCACACCUGUUAGUUACAUAAAUAUCUGUGGAUUUAACCCGAAGCGGUCUUCAUGAUGAACAUACAUGCAGCUAAAAUCAGCAGGAGCAGGACUGAGGUUAUGUUGGGAAACCACCUGUGAAUUUACUUCCUUUUGGGAGCUUGAGUCAGCAUCUUUAUUUCACUGUUGACGUCUUUGUUUUUUUGGUUAAGUUUUUCAGUGAAAUAAAUAGCAAGUCUCUACUGAGCAUGUGUCUUAAUCACCAUUGGAAAACCACCUAAUGGCGCUCUUCAGAGAUUUUAUGAUCUGUCACAUGACUAUGCCCUUAGCAGAAAUCCAGGACCAUGCAGGUCAUUGACCUGAGCAACCAUGGUCCUAUUGGCAAACCCGGGAAGUGGGUGGGCGCAAGCCCAUGGUAGCAUCUUCAUCCUGGCUGUGUUUCUCUGCAUACAUAUGAAUCUAGAACAUCCUUGUGCAAAAAUCAACUCUAUAUGCACAGGCCCCUGCUUUCAACCCCCUUGGCAGUGAUUCAGUUUUAUUUUGUUAAAGUUAGCAAAAAGCGAUUGAUCUUCCUGUGAAUGAACAGACUCUGGUUAGGUUUGGCAAUUUUGAUUGUAUUCCUGGAGGUUUCAUCACAUGACAUCUUUAAUUCCUGGAGACUCUGGGACAAUUCUGGAGGGUUAGCAACCCUAACUCUGGUCUGUGUUUUUUUAAUUACUGUUUGGAGCAUGCAAAGAAAAGCAAAUAAACGCCAUGUUCCUCUCACCCACCCACCUCUUGAAAAUGACUGAAUGGUUUCUUUCCAUGUGGUCAAAAAGUGAUGUUGGAAAAUGGACUGUUCUACCUUGAUCCUUUCCCAGCCCAGUCCUUAUUAGCUUCCCCCCUUAAAGUGGGAGCUGCAGCCUCUGUUCAAAUUAAAAAGCAGUGAUUUUAAAUGCCUAGUACUUGUUCUUUCUCCUGCGAGGCUUCGCUAUUGAAUAGUUUGUUUAUAAAGCAGUACCACAGCCUGGUUUGCUUCUCGUACUGUUUAAACAUGUAGCUUAAAAAGCUACACCAGGGGCUGGUGUUAGAAAAAGGAAAGUGGGAGGGGGAGAGAAUUGUAUUUCAGCCUGGAAACACCUCUACAAAGAGUCUUCAGGGCUUUGCCUAAAUAUGUGGGAAGGGAAGAGCUGAGGCCCCCUGAGGAUAUGUCUACACUGCAGCUGAGAGUGAGCAUCCCAGCCCAGGCAGCCAGAUUCAAGCAGGGCCUGAGCUAGCCUGGAUGUUGCAGCUUGGGCUGGAGUUCAGGCUCUGAAGCUUAGGAAGUCAAGUGGGCUUGAGAGCCAGAGCCCCAAUGUAUACAUGACAAUUGUUAGGAUGCUAACUCGAGCCCUGCUAGUAAGUGUCUCUA